AGAGGGAGAAGGAGAGGAGGAGGUUGAAGGGGUGGGUCUAUAUAAGAGCAGCUGCCUCCAACCUUCAUGUAGCCAGAGAAACCACGCUGAGACUGAGGCAAGGAAACAUAAGCUGAGGAAUCUGCGAAGACCCCCACACAGGCGGCCACAAUCUUUCACCCAGCACAGACUCGCCAGACGGGGCUGCUCCUACAAGAAUAAGACGGUGGGACCAUGAGGACCGUAGUGGCUCUGCUGCUUCUCUGUCUGUGCGAUCCAGGACGUAGUGACUGCCAGACAGACUGCCUGACCUGCAGCAAAAUCCUGCCCAAACAGCUCAGUUUCAACACUGUGGUGUGUCUCAUUGAGUGCAAAAGCAAAGUUUCUCCUUCUUUUUCCUGGGAGAUCUGCCGUAAAACACUAUCUUCUUUGUCCCUCGAUGGCACCUUGAGAAAAAGAUCACAAGAAGAAGCCGAUGUUCUACUUCCUGAGGAAGAGGAGCAAAUGGAUGGGGGUCUCUUGCUGCCCAUCGAGUUACAGAGAUUCAACCAUGUGACCCGCGCACUCGACAUGAACGACAGAGGCCUGGUUAGCAAGAACAGUCAGCUGAGCACUCUCUAUGGUUCCCAGGAUGCCCUUUCACUUGCCAAUGACUACGAGGAAGAGGAGGCAGAGCAGGAAGAAGAGGAUGUUGGUGCAGCAGUAAGAGGGCAGGAUGAUCCAGAGCUGAGCAUCUCCAAGAGGUUUGGCGGCUUCAGCAAAGGAAGGCACAGCUACAGGUUAAUAUCUCCAGGAAGGUCAUACCAGAAGAGGUAUGGCGGCUUCAUCGGUAUUCGAAAGUCAGCCCGCAAGUGGAACAAUCAAAAACGCUUCAGUGAGUUCCUGAAGCAAUAUCUGGGCAUGAGCACCCGGGCCACUGAGUUCAACAGCAUUUCAGGAGACCUCGCCCAGCAGAAUGAAGUUUGAGGGAGCACGCGUUUAAUGCCCGGCCAUGAAAGAAUUACUGGGUGUUUUACGUUGUCUUCUUUUGUAACAGAGAACAUUUCAAAGUUAAACUUGCAACAAUAAUCAUACAAUUAAAUUAAGUACCUAAUAAAAUAUUUAAGACUCCCAUCACAGUCCUGGUUGUACCAAGACAUAUAAAUAGCCUUUUGUUUUUUUCAUCUUUUCUGUUUAUACGAAGUAUAAAAAAAAAAAAAAAAACUUGAUGCUGGAUACUCUCCUUUUAAAAGUUUUCCUUCUACAGGACAUCCUUCUUACAACAGACAACCUAAAUUACUUUAGACAUUACUUUCCAUGUCUCAAAAGGCAUGCAGAAAGAUUGGAAAAGUGGAAUUGUAUUUAAAUAUUCUCCAGUUUGGUAUAAGAAUGAACACAAGAAAACCAGGCAUGGGAAAGUAUUUGUAUUUCCAGACUUAUUUUUCUAUUGUGUCCAACCCUCUGUUCAUCCAUUCGUCCAUCUGUCUGUCUGUCCAUCAGUUGUGCACCCUCCUUCUUUCCAGUCUCUGAAUAAAUUCCACCUCAGGCAAGAAUGGGGAAAUCUGGAAAUUUGAGUCUGGGAAAGUGUGGAACUUUGACAUGGCAUAAGAACCUUGUAUUUAGUGAAUUAGCUGCUGAAGAACCUCCCGUUUUAAGAUUUGCAACAAAAUCUAAAAGCCUUAAGCUUUAAAAUAUUAUGUGACCCUCCCACAAACUUCAACUGCUUUUGGUUUCUAUCUUCACACAUUACUUUUCGGAUCUGCUUGUGUGUUUUGGCCCUGUUUCUGGAUGAAAUUUUGAACCCCUCAUUUUCCGUAUGUCGCCAUCUAGUGGACAAAUACUUAUAGCAGUCAAAUAUGAAGAAAUGUCUGCUUUUUUCCCCUCUUUGUUUAAGUUCUGGUCUCUUGGUGAUAAGACCUUUGGCAGCAAUGUAUCUGUAUGUGAUUCAUGUUAAAUAAAUGAAAAUAUGGUAACCCACUCUUACAUUUUGUUGCUAUUAUCUCCUUCAUAGUACUCCUGAUACAGAUAAAUUUAAGUAUUUUGACUUUAACAACACUAUAGAGCAUGCAGCAUUCGUUCAUACUUUAUGACAGUAAUCAGUCUUACCUUAUGUUGUGCAGAGAUGAGCAUAAUCCAUGACGGCCUUUUGUUUUUGAAUUCUUGUGUGUAAAAAUUGUCUCUGAACUGUACUGAUGUAAAAUAUUUCUGUUGGCCAGGAGGAUGUCUUGUAAAUAGCUAAAUUUAAACAUGUCAAUAAAUACAGUUUACUAUUUCCUUCA